GUAUGUGUUGCGAUCAAACAACUACUGCCCUCGUCUUUUUGUCCAUACAUUUGCGCUCCGAGAUUACAGCAUUCGAUUUCGCAUUGUGCCAAAAUCUAUACACUUUUAUACGUUGCUGAUUUUACUCUAGCCGUUGUUGAUCCUGUCCCAACGGCCUUCUUUUGGCUAUGAGCGAUUCCAUACCUCAGGCUCUGCCACGCACCCAUGCCUCCCCAGCUAUGACACCGGCGGCACUAUCCUCCGCCCACAGCAGUAGCCGAUCCCCGAUAUACCCAGAUCUUCACGGUGUGCCGCCUAUUCCGCCGCCGAGAACGUCAUCCAACCACCGAAGUCACGAGAAGGGAUCAGGGUCGCGCCAUAGGAGUAAGGGGGAUGAGCGGAGCCGCCGUGAGAAGAAAGGUGACGAUUCUCGUUCGCGUCGUCAGGCUGUCACAACGUCCGAGGAUCCAUCAAGGGGACCGAGCAAAUAUGGGCAGGGCUCUGCGCACCCCGAAGACCUCUUGGAGACAAAUCCGAGUCAGGGCACGUUGGUCAAGGAGUCAAGUACCGUCAUUAAUCAAGUUCUAGUGAGCGACCCGGCUGUCGAUAUUGAACGAGAACACGCCCGACAAGCAGGAACAUCAGUAUCCCCAUCCAACGCGAGCGCCCCAGGACUCGGCUUGGAAAGUGUGGAGGAUGAUGGCGCACAGAGUAGUAACCUACCGAGCCGACAAGACUUCACUGAACACACCAUUAAGCGCAAAGAAACGACGUUUGGUCAGUAUAUUCUCGGACAAACAGUGGGCGAGGGUGAAUUCGGCAAAGUUAAAUUGGGAUGGAAGCGAGAUGGCUCGGUCGAAGUGGCCAUCAAACUUAUCCGCCGCGAGUCGCUCGGGAAUAAUCCAACUCGGUUACCGAAAAUUUACCGGGAGAUCUCGAUUCUGCGGGACCUUUCGCAUCCAAAUAUCGUACGACUUCACGAAAUGGUAGAGACGGAUCGCCAUAUCGGAAUCAUCAUGGAGUAUGCGUCUGGCGGUGAACUGUUUGACCACAUUCUCAGAAACAAGUACUUGAAGGACAACUCCGCUCGACGUCUCUUUGCACAGCUUGUAUCCGGAGUUGGCUAUCUCCACAAAAAGGGUAUCGUUCAUCGUGACUUGAAGUUGGAAAACUUGCUGCUGGACCGGAAUCGCAAUAUCAUCAUCACGGAUUUUGGAUUCGCCAACACGUUUGACGCUAGUGAUGAGCUCAGCGAAGAGAUUGAAUAUAAUCUCACGAAUAAGGAAUUCGUGAAGAGGACGCGCUUAGACAAGCCCAACGCCAAGGGAAUGCGGAGGGGAGAUCUCAUGCAGACCAGCUGUGGCAGCCCCUGUUAUGCCGCCCCGGAGCUUGUCGUGAGCGAUUCGCUCUAUACUGGACGAAAAGUAGAUGUUUGGAGUUGUGGUGUUAUUCUGUACGCUAUGCUCGCAGGAUACCUCCCCUUUGACGACGACCCGGCGAAUCCUGAUGGUGAUAACAUUAACCUGUUGUAUAAAUACAUUGUGACAACCCCGCUCACUUUCCCCGAAUAUGUGACGCCUCAUGCCCGUGACCUCUUGAGACGGAUAUUGGUCCCGGAUCCACGAAAACGCGCGGAUCUCUUUGAGGUUGCGCGACACAGUUGGCUCAGCGAGUACUCCGACAUUGUCUCACACAUCACCAGUAGUACAACCAAGGUGGCUGACAUUUCAACCACCACCGUGUCCCGCGGUAUGGCCCCUGAUAUAAUCAUCACCGACCCCGUAUUGACUUUAGUAGAACAACCUAGAGAAGGCCAGUCACUGGCUCGCAGUGCGUCAGUCCGAGAACCGCCCAAGACACAUCACGGUUCAAGUCCCUCCGUGGGAGGCUUGGUACAUCAUGCGGGAGAUGUCUCACAGGACCACAGCGACCGAUCCAAAACACCCCGCGAUACAAAACGCCGGACCGUUCAAGUGGAAUAUGUUGCUCCCCAAUCUCAGACAUCCCGUGGAGAAACAUCAGCCGGUUCCAGCGCCACUAUUCAAAAUGUUUCGCCCGUAGAGCCGACUUCGACUCGGACAAAACCUCCAAGUCAAGAUUACGCCAACGUGCAGGGUGCUCCCGAGCAAGUUGCACAGAGGGGCCCUCCUCAGGCUGCACCAGCCCAAUCAUCAGCCCAGCCAUCAGCACCGAUCACCCAUCUACCUCGCUCCACGUCCGAUUCAGCGGCCCUUACAGGAACAGCUUCCCAACCUGCGACGACUCAAGCCACCCGACCUACAACCGGUGGCUCGAUGGCUUCAUUCAACGCUGGACGGUUACCGUCGCGCGGAUCGUACGGGCAACCUGUGGCGCCUACUGUGGCAGCGACCAAUGCUCAAGGCCGACUCGCCCAACCGAAGAGCAAGCAAUACGUCAUUUCCGCACCGAUUCAGCAGGAUGCGAUGCAUUCUCCCGAUAUGGAUCCUUCAAGUUCACAAAACCUCCCCUCCAGGUUCAAUACGACGCCGCGGCAAGAGCCUCCAAAGGGCCACAAGCGAUCGAAUACUGUCUCGAGCAUCGGCGAGAGGUUAUUUGGGAGGUCAGGCUCUAUCUUUGGGGGCCGUGGUCAGCCAAGUGCUUCGAAACAAAAGACUGGCAAACGUUACCCACCUACGAGCAUGAGAGAUCCGUAUUCUGGCGACGACGGACGGGCCUCGAUGGACUCACGGCGCUCAGGCCAGUUUGUCUCUAACCGCAAGACAAGCGAAACCGGCGGCGAGAACAGGCCGCGUCGCUUCUCUUUACUGCCACCUUCAUUCUCAUUAAAGGGCCUCUCCUCUUCAAGCAGAUCACAGACCCCUGAUGAAGAUUCACGACCGGACCGUUUCUUGGACAACCGUGUCAACCAGCGUCCCUCAACAGGAGUUCUACCUACACGUACGCGAGCCACCAGCUACGGCGCCCAAGAUACAAUGGCCGUUGUGCCGCCUGAAGGUGCUCCUUCCGAUGAUGCCAUCACACACGAUGAGCCCGUCAAUUAUCAGGCGCGCAUCGACCAGCAGUUUGCCGUGCUGCACUCGAACAACAGCGGAUCAUACCAACCGUCAUAUGGUGCUGCGUCGGCUGAACAGAUCCACCAAAACGAGACUGACCACUACUACCGGAAUCAAUAUGCCAACCAUUCAACGCCCAACUACUAUGAUGAGUAUAACGGCGUCCAUGAUAAUGGUUCGCGGGUAUCGAUGCAAACCGGGCGAUCCUCGAACCGCCCUGGUGUCUUACAGAAGAAUCAUCGAAAGUUUGCAGAUGCCUACGAGUACGAGCGUGACCUGUCACACCAUUCCGGUAGUUCUGGAGCAGCCCGAAAAGUCAUGGACUUUUUCCGUCGGAGGGCAAAGUCCAGAGCUGGGGAUGAGCGGUAGUCCCCUUGUUCGUAUUUUAUAAUCAUUUUUCUUCCAAUCUUCCCGUCCGAUUUGGACCGGAUUCAGCUUCUCUUCUUGGUCUGUGCAUGGACCAAGAGACCAAUACUUCUGGUCUUGAUACCUUUUGCUUCUUGUUCUCUAUACAGCCGAAGAUUCAAGAAUGCUGCAAGACGUUGUAUUGCCCGCACUUGACCCAGGAUUCAAUCGAGGUUGGGUCCGUCAGUGCGUUUUCGAUUGACGCUUUCCUGGUGAAAAACAGUCGGCCAGGCUCAAAAGAUGUCAGCGUUGAGAGAGCAGAGAAGUUAUUUGGAUACCCCCGUGAUACCCAUGCAACUUUUGUCCCCUUCUGUUGCUUGUAGCUAUCGGUUUGUCCUCUGUUGUACCAGCAGCCAUCUUUUUCUUCCCCGCAUGUAUAUCCCCUAGCAUGUUUGCGUUUCUCACCUUUCACCUUUCCAUGUUCAGAAUAAAUUUUUGCUUUUGCCCAUUUAUUUCCUUUGUCACAGCUUUGUUGUUGCUUUUCUUUUCAUCUCUCUUCAUCCCAUAUCCUUCUUCCUGUCAUUAUAACCCUGGCCCAUUGUAAAUUGACCCUGCCUGCCUGCCUAUUCUUCUUCAUCUUAGCGGUUGCUUUGCUCUUGGUCCAUUACCACACCUUGUAUCAAGUCCCUCUCGACGUGGCGCACAUCAUCGUCAUCAUCUUCUGCUCCUCUACCUCGAGGCCUAUUUAAGGGUAAUAUAAUACGGUUACAUUUUUCUCUUUUACUGAUCUUCCUGCUCAGACUGAUUUUCGGGGUAGUAUAGUAGAUAGAUAAUGAAAUAGUUGUAUGGUUUUCUGCUCCGUAACCCUUUUCUGUAACCGGUCGUUAUGAUAAUAUACAGUUGUAAAUAUGACAAUAUCAAACAAGAAAUGUAUAGAAGCUCGGGAACACAAGCUCUUCCUCAAAGAUCCGCCGCACCUGGGCAAGAACAAAGCGCUCGACCUUGCCGACGUUCUUGAGAGCCUGCUUCCCGUCCUCCUUGCGGCCAAUCUCGCUCUCAACUCGGAUUUCUUGCAAAAGGCCGAGACCCUUUUGUUUGAGGUCCGAACCGGGACCGGAGUCUUGUUGGCUGUGGUCGUUACUAGGGGAGCCAACUAGUGCAUCGGCAUCCUCUGGAGAGAGAAAACAGAAAUGAAUGCGUUUGCGGAUAUAGGCUAUUACCGCGACGCCGUCGAAUGUUACACCGGUGACGUUCAACUUGAGAGGAAGCCCGACGAAACUGGGCAUGGGGUAAUCGAGAAGUAUUUCAGCGGUCAAAGAUAUUUUGAUAUCACCAGCAUAUUUGGCGUGGCAGAGGACUUGGAAAUCCUCCGGCCGGCGCUCUCGCAUGCGAGGUGGGAGGCCGAGGGGACCAGAGGGAUGAGCUGGAUCGUCGGCAAGAUGCUCAUCUGGGUGAUGGGAUCCAUCCCGACUAUUCUUUUUUGAGCCGGAGGGGUGUGUGCUUGCUGUUGAGGGACGCGAGGUCGGAUUGCUAGAGUCGAUAUCUGCGUCGGGGCGGUGGUGCGCGGACGGUCGAUUCCCGCCCCUGUUCCCAUGUCCCGUCGAGUCCGGCCAGUUGUUGGCAAAUGGAGAGCCACCUGCGACGGCAGCGAGAGGAGUCUGCGUACCCGAGAGGCCUCCCAAAGACAUGAGGUGGUAGCCCAAUGUCGAAGUUCCGCCGGGAAUACCUGGUGUACCGGCGCGAGGCAAGAAGUGAGGAUUGAGGUGGUCUCCGAGAGCGAUUGGGGAGCGUAACGGGGAGGACGGUAGACGGCGAUGAUCGGUAUCAAAGGGAUCUCGAAGGCUAUGAUGGUGUCUAGUUAUCGGUACGUCUUCGCGAAAGGAGGAGGGCUCGUUGAGCUCGGAUUGCGUUCCAUGCCACAGAUCGUCGUGGCUCAACUCUUCCGAGAUGUCAGAGGCCGCGUCAUCGUCGUCAUCUUCGUAAAAGUCGGCAAACGGUUCGCAAAAGUCUUUGAUCUCGAGAUCAGGCGCGAUGGUUCCAAACUCAAAGGCAUGGACUUGGACAGAGCGGAUGAAUCGUGGGAGGGGCACCUGCUGGAAUUUGUCGUGGAUGAAGGAGCGGAUACGCUCAGCCAGAGCCUCGCCGUCUGGACCAGAGGUUGCAGUCCCCCAAUCGACCUCGAUGGACAUCACAUGUGAAGCGUAUGAUGAAUGGCUGGCUUAGGGCAAAUUAGCAAGUCUGGGGAAAUUGGACUGUUGGUUUGGGGAAACGGUUUUGGACUGUUGGUUCGAGGCCAUCACGUGACAGGAGCAAGGGCCAGCCAGCGAUCAGGUACGUCUGCAACAGCCUCAACUUCAAC